GUCGUCAAUUUCCGAGAUCCUGCAUACCGGGCCCGGCUCGAGAUCUCCGAUAUCACGAUCCAGAGUACGAAUCCGGAAUGGAACCCGGCCACGCUCGCUCACACCCGCUACAAGACGACCGACGAAGAGUCAGUCAUCAUCUACAAGAUGUGCAACAUUGGAAACGUCAAGUUGGAGGGGUGGGUUGUGGAUGAUGAGGAGGGAAAGGAGGGAGGAGAGGGGGCAGGAGGAGGAGGAGGAGGAGAAGAGAAAGUGAUGGAGGAAGGGAGUGAAGGUGGGAGUGGAGGGAAAAGUAAAACUGAAGAUGCGAAAGUGAAACUGAGGUUGAUUGCUGGAGAAACAAACAUCAGAUUCACUCUCAAACGGCGUAUCGAGGACUGCAGUGUUCUCCAUUCCCGUGUGGUGGUGCGGCUCGGGGACGUGAUGUGGGUUCUGAGCCGCUCCCAGCUGCAGGCCGUGUCUCGACUCGUUCAGACACUCAUGACUGCCGCCGUCCUCACCGCACAGAGGCAGAGGGAGGAACGAGAGGCGUUGCUAGGAGACGACAGCGGAAGUAUUAGCGGGGAGAGCUUGGCGAGCGAAGAGGGGUGGAGCUCCGUUGCCGGUGACGACCGACAAAGGAGAAAGAAAUCCUCGAGUCCCAAAAACAGUCGGAAGAAGUCGGAGGCCAAAUUGGAGAAAAGGAGAGGGAAAUCGAAGGGCCUGUCUCAGAAAGAGCGUGAGGCGAAGCAGAAGAUGUACGAGUAUCGAUCUGGACUUGCCAACAUGCCGGCCUAUGAUGUCAUCCAAAAUUCAGUCCACGUUCAAACUGGGAACAUUGAUCUUCAGUUCUGUGACGAUUCUCGCGAAGAAGAAGAUGAGAGAGAGAACGAUGGAAGACCGCAGAGCCAACGAUCCACUGUUGAAUCAUCUCUGCUGGUGAGACUGAAGGAAGUCCAAGUCGAUGUGUACCUGGACCAGCCGGCUGGCUCGGGGAAACAUCACUGGAACAGGGCCAACGACCUAAUCCUGCGAAACGUUAGAUGGAGCGAAGCACUCAUCAAGAAAGCGUCAAGAACUCAGCACAUGGACCUACCAUCUGUCUCACUCCAAUACCUCCAUGAACGAGGGGUCGUAGUUCGCUGCGCCGACUUUACCGUUGACUCCCUGUGCAACUCGUCCUCCGUUGCCACGGAGACCCAGCUGCCGCUAAUCACCUCGGACAAGAAAACGUUCAACAUUCCCGACGACGUCCACAACCCUGCGUUCCAGAUGGGACUCACUCUCUACUUCUAUCCCGAGGAAUAUGGAACAAAGUUUCUCAUUCCGAGGCCCAAUCUCUACGUCCACCUGACCCCAGUCCACGCCACCCUCCACCAGACCAGUCUGGUAUGGAUCAUGGAUUUCCUCCACGGGGUACUGGCCACCGUGAACCUUGACCUCGCUCUGAGCGUACACUCGGAGAGCAAGGCCUUCAUGGAGGACCUGAAGUCUCGGAGUGUGCCGACCCACCGGCUGCCAGGGAUCGACUUGGACUUCAAGAUUCUGUUCUCCAAGGUGACCAUCCCCCUCCCUCAUCCCUAUACUGACGGCCGGCCACGGGCUCUGCAGCUGGAGACGGCCUCCAUCAACAUCCAGAACCACUCUCUCGACACACUGCUUCAGGACAGGGAUUUUAAAGAGGCCCUAGAGGGAGUGGACAAUGGUUGGGUGUUUGCCACUCACGGCACUGGGGAAUUCCCCCACUUCCAGGGGGAUUUCCCCUGCGUGCCGCCGUGGUUACGAGAAAUGCUCAACUACAAGUUGAGAGACAGUCGUCUCGGCGUUGUAGCAGAAGUGCCCACGUCUCCUCACAGGAGGCCCGUCAGUCCGAUUGUGGUCCAGAACUCUGAACUAAUGUACACUGAAUCAUGGCACAUCCACACUGCCUGCGUUCACCUCUCUUUUACCAAGACGACAGACAUGAGGACACUCUGAGACCGAGGGACUUUGUAGACGAUUUCCCUCUACAUCUGUGGCUGUUCCUACCUCGUGAGAAGAGACGGGAGACCCCCACUGUGGGGGCAAAAAUUUCGACCCCCGCGGUAUCUGUAGGGACCGCAACCCCCCACGGAGGAACCACUGAAACUCGGGGACCAAACUCCCUCGGGGUGCCCCCCGGGGACCGAAAUAUUAACCCCUCCUCCUCCCCCCUGCAAAAACCGUCGAGUGACGCAGACGAGCGUCCGAUGAUGUCAUUCAUAGCUCACGUCUCCAGUCCAGUCCGGGCGGAAUUGGAACGACUCCAGUUCCUUUUCCUCCUCCGUUUGAAGGAUUCGUUCAACGAACUGAAGACAUCCGCGAUGAGAUUUCUCUCUCUCGUUAAUCCUGCUGACGAACAGGAGUCGCCCCUAGUAACGAGCACACUCACACCCCAACACGUUCGGUCGCUAGGCAACCGACACGACACCCUCACCAGCAACGAGGAAUGCGUAAUGUCAGAGUUGGGCGGGGCAAACUCGGACCAACCGGUUUCAAACCUGUUUGAGGAGCAGGUGUCACGAGAAAAAAACGGUUCUGCAUCCAUCGCAGGUUGCGUAAUAGUCCAAAACCUUCAAAUUGAUAUUCUGCUUCCCUCCAUUUUCACCACCGAGAAAACUCCGCCCCCAAGAGCCCCCGAGUCCUGCAAAGCCACAUCCACAACCCCGCCCGUUCUCUCGUCAGUGUCCCCCGAACCUGCCCCGCCCCCUGUCCUCUCGCCGUUGACCACACCCACAAGAUUAUCUUCCCCGCACCCUCCGCUCCUUCCCUCCUCCCUCACCCUCCCUCCCCACACCGGAAGUCGCUCUAGUCUCCUCUCCCAAACCAGUUCAACCAGUCAAACCAGUCAACAUCAACUCUUUCCCCAGCAGAUACAUGCUAGGACCAUGAGUGAAACCCGCUUGACCAGUUUGCAGUCCGAAAAACGCUCCAUGUCCGGUUCUCAGACCAGUCUCCCUGUACUGUACGAGAGCGGAGGUCAAAGGUCGAGCGAUUACCACGGUGAUGAGUUUGGUAAUCAUGGCAACGAAGAGAUGGUGGAGGAGGGGGAGUUUGUGAUGGUGCAUUCGGUGACUGGCGAGAGGAAGGAACAAGUGGUGGACACGAGAUUAGAACUGGGACUGGAGGUUGGACUGGAACUGGGACAGGAGUUGGAAGAGAUUCCAUUCCAUUUCUCUCCUCACACUGCGACAGCUGAGUCACGCGAGGCUGACAGAAAAACAGUUUGAAUCUGGUUUGGAGGAGGAGGGGGAGGAAGGAGGGAGAGUAAGACUGCCGUCAGGAGAUCGACGAGAAAUGACCGAUACACUAACACCGCUCACCGACACUCUGUCGCCACGGAAACCCUUCCCCCUACGUCGCGGAAGCACGACGUCGUCUCUACGAUCGACGACAUCAUCCAGUUAAGACGAGAAAAGCCCCCUCCACUCCUACGCAGCGAGCCUCAGCACAUCCUACGGAUCAACGUGAGAGGCAUAUCUGUUCUUCCAAACAUACAAUCAAACGAGAUCGCGAUCCGAGCUAGUCUCGGUCGCGUGAGACUCAGCGAAAUACUAGCAAACGAUUCCAUGGAACUGGAGAAACUUUCCGACGAAUCGAACGAGGGGAUGUGGGACGGAGCCCCUAUGAUUAGGGCCAGAAUUGAAGUCGGUUCCCAAGUGGAGAGAUUCAACUUACCUCCGUCGCUGGAGACCGGGAAGGUUCAGGAGGUCGUUGCCAUGUUGAGUAUCCGAGGGCUGCAGGCAGCUCUUCUUGCUAAGAACAUGUCCGUCGUUAAAGACUUCUUUGAUGAUGAGUUUGAAGCCGAUGCUCCCGUCCCCAUUCAGAUCCACCUGGAGAACUCGACCUUUGAACUCCGAGAAGAUCUUCAACACACGGCCGACAGUGACGAAACGAUGAACGUGAAAAUCAAAUCGAUUGAUAUCCACCGGGGGCAACAGAUCCUGGGCACUAACCUGUUCCGCCAGUCAAAUUGUGAAGAAAACGAAGCGGUUUUGUCUCCCGGGAUGGAAGAUACACUACGUCUCAAUUCGGGACAGCUGUCAGGAAUGCGGGACACCUCCCCAGCAGCCCAGAGUACCGACAGCUCGACCAACUCAGCCACAGCUAACUCUGACCUUCUGGAGACCUUUCGCUCCUUCGUACGAGUAUUUGAGUCGCACGUUCGUCGUCACGGAGGGUUGAAAGUUCAACUAAACCAACCGGAACACAUCGCAGGGCUACUCCAAGAGCUCCAAGUCUCGCUGAGCGACGAAGAAAUUAAAUCGGGGAAGACCAACGAAGCUCCACCCACUUAUUCGGAGACCCUGAAACAAGAUGAAAACUUGGUAACUGGUCCCCAGAGCACCCCACCCCCCCAUCUCCCUCCUCUCUCAACCUCCCAACAUCAUCAUCCGCAGCGGAGGGAGUCGAUGGACAGCCCCACUGCUAAAUCUCGAGCAAACGAACUCCGAAAACUCUUACACGACAGUCAACAACUGGCACGUGUUCAGGCAGAAAACGAAGACCUGAUAUCUCAACUGACGCAGACAAAGAUUCUACUGGCGGAGCGAUCACAGGAUCUCGACGAAGUCACGAGCGAGUGUAAGAAGGCGAAAGAUGAGCUGGUUACUCACAAACAAGUCUUGGAAAACUACCAGGAGCAUAUUGAGAGGCUGCUGACUGAGAACGCUGAUUUGAAGAUGAUUGCCAUGUCACUGGAGUCACAUAGUUAACCUCAUUAUCAUUGUAUGUAUGUAUCCGUUGAUGUAUAAUCAUUGU